AUUACUUAGUUUUAUGUUGAACACGAUGGUUGUUUUUAAAGUGGGCUUCUUUUAUACAUGCGUGGUAUUUUUCCUUGGGAGCAGUCACAAUUAUAGCGAAGGAUGCAGUAAUGAUUCAACUGGUUCAUCUGCUGCUGCAAGACUCUCAAAUGAUUUGUUUUGCUCUUACAAUAGAAACAUAAGGCCUGUGAUGAACCAAUCGUCUCAGACGUAUGUUAAUACCAAAUUUUACAUUUUCAAUGUCCGUAUGAACGAAAAAUGGGACAUUUUACAAUUGAGCAUUCAAUUAAUUAUGGUAUGGAAAGAUGAAUUUUUAGUUUGGGAUUCUUCAAAAUAUGACAACAUUCAAUACAUGUAUGAAGAAUCAACCCAUAUUUGGUUACCUCAUAUUAUGUCAUAUAAUAUGGGAUUCAAUGGUGAGGAUAAUAGAGAUUAUUCUUAUUUUUUACCCUUAAGUACGGUGAAAAUAUUUAAUAAAGGCUAUGUUACAUACAAUCAUCGUGUGACUCUAAAUGCUCAAUGUUCAACCAAUAUAGCUAAAUGGCCGUUUGAUUCCCAUAACUGUUCUUUUCAAAUAGGAUCUCCUAUCUAUACCGAUUUAUACGUAAACUAUACUUUUUCAAAUGAUGAAUAUUAUAAUUUGUAUUUUUAUGAACCGGGUGGAGAAUGGGAACUUAACUCUAUACAACAUAAGCGUGUUCUUGUGAAUACAAACAAUUCUAUAAAUAGCUUUCUACAAUACGAAAUAAACGUUGCUCGAUUCUCAUCCAUCUACUAUUCAUCCAUUAUAAUCCCGGCAGUUGUGAUAUCAUUGAUGAGAAUUUUUACGUUUCUAAUGGGUCGUGAAUCCACCCUUCGAUUAAUUGUAUUAUGCUUAAUUUUCAUUUCCGAACUGUUGUACAUACAAUUUUUGGACACAAAAUUACCAAAUAAUGGCAAACAAACUGUAUACAUUAUUCUAUUAUACCGCAACUCACUAAUUCUAACAGCAAUAGCACUUAUUAUAACUGUUAUUAGUAAUGAAAUUUAUAAACAAAGCACUGACGAUUUUCCUCGUAAUGGUCCAGAAUGGCUCAAGUCUGUAUUGAAAUUUUUUUUAAAUAAAAUACCAAUUGCUAUGCUAACACAUUUUCAUACACAGGGAGCAGAACUUUUAAUUGAAAAAAACGUGGAAGAGGAAUCUCCCAAUACUCAGAGAGACGAAAAUGCUUUACUUUGGAAAACAUUGUCCAUCUUAUUAGAUCGAUUAUCGUUAGUAAUUACUUUUGUAAUUUCAUUGAUAAAUCUAUGGGUUUUCAUACCCUAAAAACUUGUAAAUUAAAAAAAAAAAAAUGAUAACUUUAUUUAAUUUAUCUUAUAACUUGAAAAAGAUUAUAUUGGAUAUACCUUAUGCUUUAUACAUACCAUUACAUCAUAAAUUAUAUUAACUACAAUAAUUUGAAUGUAUUAUUUUUAAUUGUUAAUUAUUAUAAUGUGUCAGUAAAUGGGUAUACUAUAUAAAUUAUAAUUAUGUAUAAUAAUAUCUAUAUAAUUAAUAACUAUAAACAAUACAUACUACGUAGGUUAUUAAAGAGAUCUUGUAAUAUAAUUUAAUUAUAAUUUUAAAUCUUCAAAUAUAUUGUGGUCAUAGGAGUCAUGCCUCCCCCCACACCUAGAUAUCAUAAACUACCUAUAAAUAAUAAUUUCUUUCAAAAAUCUUUUAAGUUAUAAUCACUACCUACAAUAUUACAAUGAUAUGUAUUAUCUAUUUAUCUAUGCAUGUAACUGCCCUUUAUACUGUAUCGUGUUUAGCUUUAUCAUAGCCUAUGCCCCAUAAUAAAUGUAAUUAUCGUCAGUAGUAUAACAUGAUAUAAAGGGGAAAAAGUGCAAAUAGAUUUAAAAAAAUAUAGUACCUAUACUUUGUACCUACGUCCUACAACAAUAUGAAUAAGUAUAAACAAAUGAAUAACACAAUACGUCAUAUACUUAAACUUAAUAUAAUAAAUAUAAUAAUAUUGGUGAAAUAAGUCAAU